AUGUCCAGCACAGAGGGGAAGCCCACGGCUAAUGAUUUGUUUGAAGCGAGAUUCCUUAUGUUCGCUUGCUAUUCAUUGGUUGUUUAUGACCACACCUUGACUCUUGAUCAAGAGAUCCAGCAUCUCUGGUCCACUCGACGAGGCCUCUCCCACGUACUCUUCUAUCUUCUUCGCUACCUCGCCUUGUGCAUAGUCGUUAUAGACGUGGCUACUAUCUUCUUGAGUGGAUCCAACGUUACUUUUGAUCGGCGGUUGGCUGUUGCCAGUUUUGCCCUUGCACUCGCCGCCAUUAUCACCCUGAUCGUAAAGAUGUCCUCCGAUACUCAUGUGGUCAACUUGGAGCUUCCUGGUACGAAUGGCUGUGUAUUUACUCUCAAGGCUGAUGAAUUCUGGAUUGUAUAUGUGCCCAUCAUCUUCAUUCACACGGUACUAUUGUGUCGGAGGAGAAAUUUUGGUAUCCCUGGUAAUAAUUGGUGGAUAACCUCAGGUUCACUUCGCAAUUAUGACUCAUACUUCAAUCCAGUUGUUGCUCUUUGUGCUGCCAUUGGAUCCGCCUCGACACAUGUUUCUGCAGUAAGGUUUAAUGUGACUAUCUCAACGUUCUAA